UUGAAAUGUUCAAAGUUUUUUUUUUUCACCUUCUUUAAAUUAGAAUAAUAGUCAGAAAAUAUAGUACUUUUAACAUUCUUGAUUGGUGAAGAAGAGAGGAUUAGAAGAAGAAAAUGGCCUCUUCUCAAGUAGAAAUUGCCUCCUCUUCUCCAUUUGGUUAUGUCCUUAAUAGAUGCAGUGCUAGAGAUUCUAAUCCUUUUCAAAAACAUUUCAAGAAUUUAGUCCAAAACCAUGCUGAUUUAUUGGUACACAAAACAAAAUGUGACAAGAAUGAGAAUAAUAGUCCAAAGAAGAGAAGUAAAGCUGCUGAAAAAUGGGAUAAAGCUAGAAAUAUGGUUUUUUCAAUGGACAAAGAGAAGAAUAAAGAAAGUUCUUUGGAUGUUCCAAAUCUUGGAGGUGUUUCUUCCCUUGUGAGGAAAUGGAAAGAUUUUGAAGCAGAGUCAAAAACCAUGAAUUUGGCUAACAAUUCUGAGAAUUCUUUAUAUGUGGAGUCCCCUCAUAAAAGAUUUGAUGAAUGUGAUGAAUCUUGCAUUGUGAAAAGUGAUUCAUUUGGUGAUUGGGAAUCCGAUAAAACGGAUAACGUUGAUUCAAAUUCUGCUCAGGGUACUAAAGAUUCUGAUAUUACAGAAAAUGAGAGGUUGAAAGUUUCAGAUAUUAUCAGGAAAUUGACAUAUACUAUUGGAGAUGAAGGUCAUGGCCGCGACCAUAAUGGUAACGUUGUUGUAAAUGGUGGAUCGUUGCCUCGAGUUAGGACAACAUUGGAUAUUUCAGAACAACAACAAAGGUGUUGUUUUUCGCCUGUUCUGAAUUCGCCUCGUUUCAUCAGAGGGCGCCAGGCGUUUAGUGAUUUGCUGUUGCAAAUGGAGCGCGAUAGACAUAGGGAAAUUCAACGUCUUGUGGAACGUAAAGCAGUUUCCAAGUUCCAACAAAGAGGCCGCAUUCAGGCUUUGCUUCGAGUUAGACUCAUACGACGUGGUGCAGAAGUUAGAGAUGGCCGAUCAGUGAAUUGCUCAGCGUCUGAAUCAAAUAGAUUGACACAUUCUGCAAUUAUGCAUCUCAGGGAAAAGUUCAAUAGAGUAGGACAACAUUAUCUUGCUAACUCAAGAAACAACUCAAGGGAAGUGGUAGAAAGCGCUCGUGAAGUUGGAAGCCUCCCUUCUACACCAAAACACCGAAGGGAACUGGCUCGUAGCAACUCUGCGAAAGUAGGAACUGGAUUGUCAACACAUCAACAGAGAGAAGAGGAUCCGUGUAAGGGGCUGGUCAAGGAGAGUUCAGGACUGCAGCCCGGUGUAGCUAAAUCAAGAAGUGUCCCUAUAACAUUAGGAGAUACAACUAAAGAGGUAGUAGAUAACAUCCUAAAAGUUGGAAACUUUUGUACAUCCAAUCAACCACGCGAGGAGAAUCAUUACCAGGAUCUAUCCAAGCAAACAAGCCCCAAAAAGAUAGAAACCAGGAUACACGUUACCAACUCAUCGAACUCCCAGAAAGAGAUGGCGUUUAGUGACACAAAUCCAGUAUUUUCUUGUAGAUCGAAUCAACAUGACAUGGACCUUAACAAUCGAGAAGUUAGCAUCAGCUUACCGAGCUAUACUUCACAAGCACAGAGCUCAGACAGUUUCCAUGAACUGCAAAUAAAGCAGCAUCUAGGAACUAGUAAUGAGUGGUCUAGUGAUAACGCUAAUCCUCAAAGCGAUUGGGAAGAGGAAACUGCGAGCCAACACCUAGUUGAAAGUGAUAGUGGUUGGGUAAGUGAUUAUUCCCAUACAGCUAAUGGAUGGGAUGAAAUACAGUCUGCUUAUCAGCAGCAAGUAGAAGUCAAUGAAGACUGGAUAAGCAAUGUCUCUCGUCCACGUAAAGAAUGGGAAGGCCUCAGGCACGAAAGAUACCAAGAGAUGCUUGAUCGAUUCUUAGACAACCAUGAUAUACAACAACUUCUUCAAAGAAAAAGUGUUUCAAAUUUUCUUACCAGUGAUUUGAGGGAGAAAAUUGAUCGAAUAAUGGCGUCUCAGUCACAACAACUACCAAAUGGCAUGAGAAUCAGCCAUGUUGAGGAUGAAGAAGUACCAACACAAGUGGAUAAAGAAGAGGAAGAGGACGUGGUAUUACGACAUAAUGCAACAGAAGAGGAUGUUGAGGUAGAAGAAGAACAAGACUCGGGUUAUGACGAUGAAGAUGAAGUAUUAAUUGAUGACAACACAUCAUCAUGGAGCCUAAAUCAAGUCAAGGAAGUAACUGAUGACUCUUAUCACUUCCCAUCUCCUUCUUCACUACAAUCUCAAUCAUCUAGUAUUUGCUCCCAACGCAUUAAACCGUGCUCUUCUUCUUCAAGAAAUUCUUCAACUGAAAUGGAACUCAUAUAUGAAUUGAGAGGACAUAUGGAGCAACUCCACCAAGAGAUUUUUGAAAUACGGAGAUCUAUGAAGAGUUGCAUGAACAUGCAAAUGAAAUUACAACGUUCGAUUAAGCAGGACGUUGCUGCUGCAAUUAGCCAGUUAGGUCAAAAAAGCAAGAGGAAUUCAGAUAACAAGGGUCCAAACAAAGGAAAUUGUUGUAUUUGCUGUGAGGAGCCUGUUGAUUCACUGCUUUACAGAUGUGGGCAUAUGUGCACCUGUUUCAAGUGUGCUCAUGAAUUGCUUAGGGGUACAGGAAAAUGUCCAAUUUGCCGAGAUCCAAUAAUGGAUAUUGUGCGUGCAUAUGCUCAUUCAUGACCUACUAGUGAACUGGAUAUUGGUCUGGAGGUCUGCCCGACAACAAUAACGAUGCCUCAAUCCAAAGUAAGUUGGAGUCAGCUACAUGUAUCUCCACUAGUCAUGUCGCUCCGUUCAAGCUCAUCGUAGUCCUAUAUUAUGUAACAAGUGCCUAGGUGAGCACGUCCAAUAUAUUAUGUAUUGUGAGGAUUAAUCAUAGAUUGGCUAGUUUACGUUGGCUAUCAACCUACUGCGCCCUCCUCAUUUAUCCGAAUUCAGGACUCAUAGUGUGAGCAAGCUCAAGGCAGAGUGUUUUAGAGCUGCCCACCACCAUUUUGUACUAGGAAAGAUGAGCAAAAGGGUGAUUUUAUUUUUCUUCUUA